CCCAAAAGCUGUUCUCUUUCCCCGCACAUCUUAAUUCCUCUCUUGUAUCCCUCCUCCGGUCUGGUUCUCGACACCGUCCAAGGGUUACUCAGUGGCCUAGCAACUGUCUUUCCCAAUCAAACUGCACACUCAGAAAAGUAGAGACGGACGCCUAUCGACGAAUUUGCAUUCUCCACAUUCUCCGCACAUCCUCGAAUCAUUCACUCGAGCCAGCACCAUGGUCAAGUAUAUCCUCGUUGCCGGCGGUGUCAUCUCCGGUAUUGGCAAGGGCGUCAUUGCCUCGAGCACUGGCCUCCUUCUCAAAACUGCCGGCUACAAGGUCACCUCGAUCAAGAUCGACCCUUACAUGAACAUUGACGCUGGCACCAUGGCUCCCACUGAGCACGGUGAGGUGUACGUACUCAACGAUGGCGGUGAGACCGACCUUGACUUGGGCAACUACGAGCGUUAUCUCAAUGUUUCGCUCGGCAAGGAUAACAACGUUACAACUGGCAAGGUGUACUCCCACGUCAUUGAACGCGAGCGUCGCGGUGACUACCUUGGCAAGACGGUCCAGAUUGUGCCGCACCUCACGAAUGCAAUUCAGGAUUGGAUUGAGCGCGUGGCCAAGCGCCCCGUCGACGAGACUGGCGAGGAGCCGGAUGUGUGCAUCAUCGAGCUUGGCGGCACCGUCGGCGACAUCGAGUCGGCGCCUUUCAUCGAAGCAAUGCGCCAGUUCCAGUUCCGUGUUGGCCCCGACAACUUCGCGCUCAUCUACGUCUCCCUCAUUCCUGUCAUCGGCGGCGAGCAGAAGACAAAGCCGACUCAGGCUGGUGCGCGUGAACUCCGUGGUCUCGGUCUGAACCCCGACCUGUUUGCCUGCCGCUGCGAGCUUCCCCUCCAGGCCGCUACCAUGGAGAAGAUCGCCAUGUUCUGCAACGUUCCCGCCAAGCAGGUCCUCGGCGUUCAUAAUGUCAGCUCGACGUAUCACGUCCCGCUGCUGCUCCGCGAGCAGGGUCUUGUCGACUUCCUCAAGGGCCGACUUCAGCUGAGCACGAUACCCGUAUCGCCUGCGCAGAAGAAGAACGGCGAGCAGCUCAUGACGCGCUGGCGUGACAUGUGCGUUAGCUCGGAGCGCUUCUUCGACCACGUUGACAUUGUCCUGGUUGGCAAGUACACCACGCUUGAGGACUCGUACAUGAGUGUCGUCAAGGCUCUCGAGCACGCGUCAAUGCGUUGUGGGCGCACCCUCAAGCUUCACUGGGUUGACUCGUCGGAUCUGGAGGCCGAAAUGGAGACUGAUGAUCCUGUUCGCUACCAUGGCGCAUGGAGUGCGCUCUGUUCUGCUAAGGGUAUCAUUGUGCCCGGCGGUUUCGGCGUGCGCGGGACUGAGGGCAUGAUCACGGCUGUCAAAUGGGCGCGUGAGCAGAAGGUUCCCUUCCUGGGUAUUUGCCUCGGCUUCCAAGUUGCUGUUGUCGAGUGGGCACGCAAUGUAUGCGGUCUUGGUGGCGCCAACUCUGCCGAGCUGUCCAAGGACACACCCCACCCCGUCAUCUGCUUCAUGCCCGAGAUAUCUAAGACGCACAUGGGUGGCACCAUGCGUCUCGGUCUCCGCCCCACCAUCUUCGAGCCCAACACGGAGAAGUCGAAGCUGCGCCAGCUCUACGGCGGUCACAAGAUCGCAUGGGAGCGCCAUCGCCACCGCUACGAGGUUGAGCCGCAGUACGUUGAGCGCCUUGAGGCUCCAGGGCAAAUGCGCUUCAUCGGCAAGGACGAGCGCGGAGAGCGUAUGCAGAUGCUCGAGAUCGAGGACCACCCCUACUUUGUUGGUCUCCAGGCCCAUCCCGAGUUCUGCUCGCGUCCCCUCAACCCCUCGCCCCCCUUCCUGGGACUUAUCGCCGCUGCAUGUGGCGGCGGCAUGCUGCAUGAGCAGCUCGAGGCAUCAAAGACUUAUGUGGACCCCCACCCCGAGAGCGCCAAGGUUGUUCCGGCAAGCGAAGCUGCUACCGAGGGCGCCAAGGGCCGCACACAGGCGAUCGAGGGUCUCCGAGUUGGGGAGGAGGAACAGGUAGUCAACGGAGUUUAGUUAGAGAGUUUGAUGGAUGUCAUGGUCAUGUUAUACGAUCUCAACUGCGUCGUUCCAGAGUGAGAAUCGG